AUGGAAUCCGAGGCUUUUGAGGAUAUGCAGAAGGGUGGUGGUGCCCUUCGCACCAUCAAGGAUUUGGCCUCUGGUGCCGCAGGUGGCAUGGCGCAAGUCCUCUUGGGUCAACCAUUUGAUAUCGUCAAGGUCCGCCUGCAGACCACCACUCAGUACUCCAGUGCGUUGGACUGUGCCACCCAGAUUUUCAAGAAUGAAGGUCCCGCAGCCUUUUACAAGGGAACCUUGACUCCCUUGAUCGGAAUUGGUGCCUGCGUCAGCGUUCAAUUUGGAGCUUUCCACCAGGCUCGCCGAAAGCUCGAGGAGCUGAACAAGAAGAAAUACGCUAACGGCGCCCUCUCAUACGGACAAUACUACAUGGCCGGUUCCUUCGCCGGUGUCACCAACUCCGUCCUCUCCGGUCCGAUCGAGCACGUCCGUAUUCGUCUGCAGGCCCAGCCCCACGGCGCCGGACGCCUGUACUCUGGUCCCAUUGAUUGUGUUCAGAAGCUCUCUGCCCACCAGGGUGCUGUCCGUGGUUUGUUCCGCGGUCAGGCAGUGACUGUUCUGCGUGAAGCCCAGGCUUACGGUACCUGGUUCAUGGCCUUCGAGUACAUGAUGAACCAGGAUGCCAUGCGCAACAGUGUCAAGCGUGAGGAUAUCUCUGCUCUCAAGGUUGCUACCUAUGGUGGUCUUGCCGGUGAGGCGCUCUGGCUUUCUAGCUACCCCUUUGAUGUCGUCAAGAGUAAGAUGCAGACCGAUGGAUUUGGCGCGGAUCAGAAAUUCGCUACUAUGCGCGACUGCUUUAAGAAGACGUACGCCCUUGAGGGUCUUGGUGGAUUCUGGAAGGGUAUUGGCCCGACCUUGCUGAGAGCUAUGCCUGUCUCCGCAGGUACUUUUGUUGUUGUUGAGCUUACCAUGAAGGCUCUUGGUUAA